AUGGCCCCGCCGCUCUUCUGGUCCUCUCCCUGCCGGCUGUCACAGCAUGGCUAUCCAUUCCCCGCCGAGCUGCCGCUUUCUCUAUUAGCAUUAGUGAGAACGUCAAUUUCUGCGACCCCGGGACCAAAGGAAUGGCUCCGAGAUCAGAAGAAGAAGGCGGCCAGGUUCGUCUUGGCUCCCAUCGACGCGUCUCGGCAGAGCCUCCGCAAUGCAUAUCAGGCGAUUGAUUUGAAAUCACCAGUGAUGGUUGCUGGGGAGCUCCGGAAGCUGCUGAAUUCUGCAGCUAGGGAUUGUGUCCCUCAGGAUAGGAAUUCUUUUGUAGCAUUUCAAGCCCGUACGGGAGUGGAGGUUUGCACUUUUGCGUUGAUCGUAAAGAAUGCUGCUUCGCUACUCGAUGAUGGGGAUCCGGUGAAGCUGGAGGCAGUGACUAGGCUGGACGAUCUCAUAAGAUCAUUUUCAUUUCUUGGAGGUAUCAUUGAUGACAGUGAUCUUGGUGUGACUUCAGAUAGGGAAAAGGUGAAAAUUGGCCUGUUGCAAUCAAUCUCCGCCCUUGACAAUUUUGAACAGGAUAUAGGGAUGUAAAUUGAGCGAAGCUGACUAGCGAGC